AUUAUUCCAAUAUGGCGGCCAGAAAUCCCUCACCUCCGCCAAUCUCUGAACAAGAAGCAGAUGUAUUGUAUUCAGAUAACAUUGGAGACACUUUGUUCAGUAGGAAAUGGGUUCUCAAAGUUUUGUUCAAUGCAACACAACAGAUAAAAAGCGAUAAUGAAAACAUAAAUGUCGCUGACAGUUUAGAUUCAGAAUUGUGUGAACUUUGGGAUAUGUCUAUGAAUAAGGUAUUUAGUAAUUAAUUAUAUACAAAAUUACAAAUAUUUGCAAGAUUUGAAAUUUCCAGGAGGACGUAAAACCUACAUGAGCCAGCUGCCAUAUUUGAUUGUUCCAAAGCCUGCACCAACGAAUUAUCUAGUGCUAACAAUAAAAACAGUGAAACACAGAAGUGACAGAACAUAACUGAGUGCAUAACUCCUUUAUAUAUAACACAACACGUAAAGCCACCAGUGCUGGUCAAUGAAAGCGGACUGUUGCUGUUACUUUCAGGGUUGUCAAACAUCUGGAGACCUGUGCAAGAGUUCUGAAAAGAACUAGGGUCUUCAUUGGCUUGAACAGCCUCUAAGAGACGACAAUGAACAGCUGCAGCACACUUUCAUUAAUAAUUCGACACUUAGCCAUGUUGGAUUGUUUGAAUUUUCUCACCCUGAUGACUACUAAUGCACCUAUCAAUGUAAAUCGCAUGGGGGGUGGGGGAUGCAGGCAAAGACUGGGGAUUUGACUCGCUUAUCCCCUCCGUAGUGAAUUUGAACAUCGAUGUUAUCCUGGGGGUUGGACAUUUGGCUGACAUCACACCUUGUGACAUCAUUAUGCAUAAGGUCUAUUGUAUGUAGUACCAUUACAGUACUACCAGAUGGAACCAUAAUACUAGUGUCAUAAAACAAUACAGUCUACUAACAUUACCCACAGUGUACAGUCAAGGGGUCUUCACUUGAAUUGUUGCCCAAGCCUGGAAACUACACUGCCACACAACAUUGAACGUCUUAAAACCAGGGACCCAUGGUGGGAGUGGUGAAUAAUGUUAUUUGUCAUAUUGGAAUUAUAAGCAACAAAAGCAAUAGAUUCUUUCCUCUUAAAUUAGGGGAUGUGUAUUGAGAUGUGGGUUGGAGAAGUUCUGAUCAUUUCAGUCAAAACAACUAUUGAGUCAAAUGUUCAACUACACAACACCUGUGAUAUUUUAUUGUUAUUUAGGAUGUAGCAAUAUUUCUGCAAGAAGUUGAUGGUGUUGAUAUAUUUCUUGAGAUCAUUUUAGGAUCUAAAUCAUCAAGAUUAACAGUAAGAUGUUAUAUAUUACCAAAUACAGUACCGGUAUGCACAGUGGAGCUUCUUGCUUUUACAUGAAUCUUUUAUCACUAUUCUAACUGCCCCCACCCUACCCAGCACCUGCCUGAUCAUUAUCUCUCUCAACAAGCAAUUUCUAUCAUUUCCACACUCCCACAGGGCGCUUUGGUGGCUGUUGUCAGGGCAAGCGUGUUAAUCACUUCAGAGAUUGUGGGGUCGAUUCUCACUAUUGACUCAUGUGAAGAGUGUAACUUCUCUGCUGAAAGUUGUGGGUUUUCUCCAGAUGCUCCGGUUCCCUCCCAUAGGGAAAGUUGACAAUUGAAGGUAUAAACAUAGUAACAUAGGUAGGAAAACAAUAUCAAAGUUGUUGUAAAAAUAAAUAGCCUACUAGGCUACGUACAGUAGGCCAUAUGUAGGUAAUAUAUUAAGUAACCGUAAUACUUGUAAUUGGUCACUGAAAGCCUUGAUGGGGAGUGAGUUAAAUUAGAAUUUACAAUGUGUGUAUAUCGUGGGUGGGGGACUAAAAAUGUGGACAAAUUUCAGCACACUGUACAGCCUUUAAAUAGUAUAAUUAUGUACUAGGCAAACGUUGCCUGUAAAAGUUUAAAAGUGAAUGCUUGUUUACUCGACUAUCAUACUGUGACACAUUUGUUGUUAACAAGCUUACAAUUCUGGAACCAGCACUUUUGGCCUACAAUGAAUUAAGUAAACCCAAAUAGUCUUUGGAAUAACAGCCAAAAUGUGCUAAAUAGACAAAACAACGUGAUUUGUGCACUCCCUCGUAUAAAGACAUAUCUACAGUCUGUAAUGGACCUGGUACAAUGGAAUUUGAUGUGUGAUUGUGGUACUCACAAUGAAAUAAUCAAGGAAAUAUAUUCUUUUCAAAGAUACUGUAUCUCCAAGGCGUUGGUACCAUCAUGUGAGAAUUUUGUUUCACGUUUCGUCUCCAAAUAAUGACUUAUGGCAUCGGUAUUAUACUGUACGUGUGCGCACUAAUAUAUUGUCCAUAGUAUAACUAUACACUUACUCUGUGGUAUUGUUUAUCUCCACAGUUGUUUGUACAUGUACAUGGAAGAUCUUGGCCUUUUAGGCUUGUCCAAAUUAGCAACUUUUACUCCAUCUGACAUUUCUAUCUCGAUAAAGAAGCUUCCUAAAGCAAUUUUGACAUUGCAUGCAAAGUAUGAGGUAAUGUCAUUUCAUAUGCGUUCUUGGUCAAACUCAUUUUACAGUUGGUUUUAGAUUGUCCAGUCCAUUUUUUAGUCCCCACCAGUUAUCUUUUUCUGGUGGUAUUUUCAAGCAAGCCCCUAAACAUCCAAUUAUUACUGGUACUACUUUCACCAUGUAUAAUCUCCUUUCUUUUCUCUAUUCCUAGUUUCAUCAUUUUUGUUUAGUCAAUGUUCUUUUCCUUGGGGCAUGACAUAUUUACUAACCAGAUAUUCUUUGCUUUCCCUUCUUCAGGUCUUUGCACAGUAUUACGACAGUAUUUUCAUCCUACCAUACUGUAUGUUUAAAAUCCCAUCACAUCUGCCCUUUCUCCCAUUUCCCAUGACUAUACAAUGCCUAGAUCGGCAAACGGCGAAUUUCGCCGGUGGUUAAGAAGGUUUAGUAGGCUGCCUUUCAUACCAAGUCUCUUCCCGUCACUCGUACACUUUCCUAUCAUUCCCGUAAAUAACUUGUACGAGGUUAUUAAGACGUGUCGUGUUAUUGGUCUUUCCUCCUCCAUGGUUUUCAGAAUAAUGAGUGACCUUCCUAUUGUUACCCACUUCAUUGUUCUUUCUAAAACCUUCCAGAUUUCAUUCAACUUCUUCCACUGUCUGUCCUGGAUUCUAUCAAUACCUAGCGCAAUCCAAUUCCUCCUCUAUAAAAUUUCAAUCUCCUCAGGUUAGUCAUAUGACGUACAUCUUCACUUCAACUUCUCGUUGAUCUUUGCCUCCCAUGGUUCUACAGUAAUCUCAUCUUCUCAUAUACAUAUCUCCCCAAAACUCCACGAAUUUCUCCAUUGUUGGGUUCAUCCCAGAGGGUUCAUCCCAAAAUUUCUUUGUAUCGUUUACAUUCUUGUAGUAGCCCCCUUCAUCUCGUAUAGACAUUACAUUGUCCCUUCUUCUCUUACUUUUCCCUACUGUUGUCAACAGAAUAACAUAAUUGUGUCUUUUUGAACCAGUUGGUUCUAUUUAUAGGCUUAAAUUCGAAAAUUGUACUUUUUACAGUACUAUAACGGUAGAGCCAAAAGCUCAUCAGCAGCAUUUAUUUUUUACUUUUCUGUAUUAAAUGAGUUAAUCUUCUAACAUGUAAAUUUUAGGAGAUAUCAAUUGGAAUAAUGGCGAACAUGGCUUGUCAAGAAGAUAUUUGUAAGGAUAUUACCAACAGAGAAAAACUAAUGUAAGUACAUGUAGUUAAUGCCCUGCCCAACAAUUCCAUACCUUCCAUAACAAUUGCAAGGCCAUUCAUGUUAUAUGUGUAUGUAGCUAUUAAUGAAAAAGUAAUUCAUUGAUUCUAAUAGAACGUUUGAUAAAAACUAUACUGUUUAUAAACUGAUAGACUUCUCAGGUGUAAACGAGAAGCAUAUUAUGAUGUGCAAGAUAAGAAUGCUCCACCUGUAAUUAUGUACUCCACGCCUACUACUUCUUCAGUAUCCGACAGUUGCGAGGUGUAUAAUUAUCAUGCUGUGCUGUACGAAAUAUUUCUACACAUCUCACCUGUAAUGCUAUUGCUGCUGACUCGUCCCCAGUCGUCUCUGUAUUUCAAGCGCGGGCGGAAGCAGGAAAGGUAGCAAGGACACGCAGGCGGUGAGCACACGCGCUAGGAGCGCUGGGCCGCCUGCAUCUUUCCUGCUUCCACCCGCCAUCUUUCCUGCUUCCGCCCGCGCUUUAAACAGAGUGGGACGAAUCAGCUAUUGCUGUCCUAUAAUCUGGAACGGUCUGUGCCAGUCUUGAACGAGACGUGCCUCGAAACGUCGAAUUUCGCUUUGUAUUUUUCAGGUAGUUGCAUCGCUACCAAGGACUCUUGCAGCUAUUGCUGCACUGUACGCCUAAUACUGUACAUCAAUCUACACUAUCUGCAAAUUGAAAGACAGCUAGGCUCAAAAUGUCUUUUUGACUUUCAGUGAAGUCAUGUUGAUAUUGAUGGAUCAUCGGGAUGCACCCAUACUGGUUGAAGUUACGAGGUAAAUUAUAUUUAGUGUAAUGUUUGGUAUGUACAUAUGAUGGACUUUUGUUUAGGCCGAAAUGGGAAGUGAAUUUAAAAACAAUGUGAACUAAAGUUACAAAAGCUUCUAUUUAACCUUAGACUUGUCCAUGUGGCGAUUUCGAAGAACGAGACUCGUGAUAAAUGGAUGAAUGCAAUACAACAUUCAACAUUGCUAGAUAACUUGAUAUUUAUAUUGGAAAACUCAGUGAAUGGUAAGACACAACAUUCAAACGUUAUAAUAUACAUGUAUAGAAUUACAACUUACAGGUUUCGAACAGUGCAUGGUUAUUAGUGGAACAAUUACGAAGGGUAUAGGGAAUCAUCAGGUAUGUUAAAUAUCUUUAUAGAAGAGCUAUAAUGGUGAAACUGUAGGUUAUUGCCAUUAGGAAUGUUCGGUAUACCGACGGUUUAUCGGUAUGAGUUUUUCAGUCAUACCGAUAUACCGAAAUUUCCAAUAUAUCGGAAUUUUUCGGUAUACCGUAUCAAAUUUACACACCAUGCAUAUGGCGAAAUCAUCAGUUUUUGUUUUACUCAAAUGCAAAGUAAAAUAAGUAGACAUUUCGUGUUAAAAACAAUGUCAACAGCUUCGAAAUUAUCGUAAACUGUGUUUCUACUUUUGAAAUUAUUCAAAAUCAAAAUUUCCUUCAAAUUUCCACUAAGGAAUUUUCCUAUCUAAUUUAAAAGGCGAAAAACCGGUAUACCAAUAAUAUCGGUUUAAUUUUUCCGGUAUACCGAUACCGGAAAAUUCUUAUACCGAACAUUCCUAAUUGCCAUCAUCACUGUAGCAUCACAAUACUUACAAUUUAUAAAUAAACCUUGCUGGACAUUUUGUUUAAAACGGUAAUUUAAUAAUAUGUUGUUUAUCUUUAAUAUUAUUAUUUAUAUGUAUUACUAAAGUGUAGUUUACAGGUAUAUACUGUAUACAGUACUGCAAUAGAACCUUGAUGAGAAUUUAAUUUGUUCUAAAAAUGAACAGUUAUUUAUUAUGUUUUCUAUCUUUAUUCUUAAUAUAGAAGAACUAUUACUAAACUGUAGUUUAUUGUUAUCUUCGUUGUUGACUUACAAUAAAUCCUUGGUUGAAAUUGUGGAUGAUGAAAAACUGCGUAAAGCUGUGGUGGAAGCUAUUAAACAAACCAAGUAAAGCAUAUUCUGUAUUUAGCUGACUAUGUUGAAUUUUACUGCAUGUAUACGCAUGUACACUACCAUCAUUUGGUUUUACAGUACUGUAAUUGCUUAAAUAUUUUGCUGACAUUUUUAUGUUAAACAGGAACGACUCUGGAAAGACACGUGAAAAUCUGUUGUAUAUACAAGAUUUAUUAUCAGAGCAAGAGUGCACAAGUUCCUGAACAUAGAUACUGUUACUGUAGGCUUGCAGGAUGUCCUCAUUUCGCAAGGGAGCAAGUGCAACAAUUAUACAAAGACGUUUACGCGCUUCUUUCCUCGGCACAGUUCAUUUCAAAUAUUCACUCAGAACCUAAACCGUACAGUAUGAUCCCCCAAAUACUGUUUGUCUUGCUUCCCAAAGAGUUGCUAUAUAUGGACAUAUAUAUUGUAUGCUUAAUUAAACGCAGUGAAAUGACUACAGUAUGGGCCGCCUGAUACCUAUCCUUAAUCCCAGGAUGGUUGGAGGGCAAUAUGCAUUUAAAAGAGUAUUCAUCUGUGCAGAAAUAUUUUGCCAUUCCAAUCACAACUUGCCAGUAGACAUGGAACAGUCGGACUCCACGCGACAUCCAUACAAGGUCCUGAGUCCAAAGUAAAAGUCUUGAUUAUGUUCGACGUACGAUAGUCAUAAACAUAUAGUGAACCAUCCGAUGAACCACUGGCUAUUAAACUGCCAUCUGGACUGAUAUCCAUACCAAUAUGGUAGCCUGACACCUGCAAAGUCACAUGUGUAUAUUAAAUAAUUCAUUGCACCUGAAUUGAUGUACAUGCAGUAGUUGUGAUGUACACGUGAAGUUGAUCCUAGCGCGUAUAGGUGUGGUUAAAGGAUAGGAGAGAUCUUAAAAGGCUUAAUUCAAACGUAUGCAUGCAAUUGAAGCAAGGAUAUGACAGGCUUACUUCUACAUUUCGAGUUUUGAUCAGGUUUUCUUUCACCAUAAAACCAUAGUUACUCUUUGGCAUUGGCCGGGUUUGUUUUGAUAACUUGUAGAACCUCGUACAUGUAUACUCUAGAUCGUAAACUCAACGUGAAGGAUGGUACCACAAUAACGAUGAUCAAACAAAUGCAUUGACACGUUUGAUUGUAUGAAAAAAAUAUUGUGUAUUACUACUCAUCGUGUUAAUUUACUAAAGAAUAUCGCCAGUCAGAAUUCAAAGUUGUGUUGACAGCCAUCGUCCUCGCGUAAUUGUCACUCUCCUUCCUUAGCUCGCUGUAUGUCAAGAAACAGAAGUGCCUAUAUACUGUAGAACAACUUUCACGUGCUCACAGAGUGCGUUAAUCGCAAUUUAUAGUCCUCAUGCACUCCUCAGGCAGCUAUAGUCAACGUGAAGACAAAGUUGUUGAAGUUAUAGUUAUAGUUAUACUGUAGUUAGUUAGUUAGUUGAAGUUAGCCUUUCUCACGAUGACGAAUAUCCGCCAUUUUUGGGUGGCAUCCAAUUCUCGUUAACCAAUGCAGACAAUUAAAACAAUAUGAAAAGCAAUUUUUCAAAAUAAACUAACCAUUUACAAAGCAAAUUUACCAUCAUUUGUCCAAAAAAGUCGCUGUUAUGUGGACUUAUUUCGCAGACCUCGGCUGAAAUGCCAUCCAAAAAUGGCGGCGUGAGAAAGGUUAAUUGACGAUCAUUUAUAGUACAGUAUGUACUACUCUGUAACCGGUUAAUCUACUGUACAUGCACUAUAAUUAACGAACAAUGGUCACUUACACAAUGUCCUUCAAAUCUCUUGUAUUUGUUGAGCUUAUAAGGAGAUUUCUGAGAGAAAACAGUGAUAUAACCUGCGUUACACUGAGCCAGAAACGCGCUGUCAUUUGGGUGAAUCUGUAGAGCAGUGCAGGUGUAGGCUUCCUGUCAAGAAAUUAAGAAAACCCUCACCGAAAUGAAGUAAAGCUAAAUAAACAG